AUGUUCAGCGCUCCCAUGCUGUUGGACUUCAACAGCAACUCAAAGAGGUCAAAAAUCACAAAGGCCUGCGACAACUGCAGGCGGCGGCGGGUCAAGUGCGACGGUACACCCGACGGUUGUGGCGGCUGCAAGGCCGCCAAAACACAGUGCAUCUACACAACCUCCAACACAAAGCGUGGUCCACCAAAGGGCUAUGUCGAGGUCAUCGAGGACAGGCUAGGCAAAAUCGAAAAUAUGCUCGCUGGAAUCGUCAAAAAGAAAAAGAAUCCUUCCACUCCAACAAACAACAACAACGACAGAGCAACGGCGGGUGCUGGCUCCGACAACGACGAUAACGACAAUGACGAUAACGACGAUAUGGACAACGAUAACGACAACGAUAACGCCAGCAUCAUCUCUACAGACCUGGUCGAAGUCAAGCGACAACCACCAGCAUCCCCUACUCUCCGUGGACGGUCUGGCUCUGCUGCGACAUCGAUCGGCCCUCUGGGUAACGGCGCACGACACUCACCCCUGGUCUCCCGCAACCGCUCGUUGACCUCGUUAUUACCGUUUUCCCAGGAGAGCAAGCUCCAACACCAUAUGGAUGCCCACGCAAACUAUCCCGGCCCCGUGUCUCAGGCAGACAUGGCUGCCUUGACAGACAUGUUCGAAAAGCUGGGCACGACCUCUGUCCGCACUACCGUCCCCUUCCCAUGGCUCACACCCGAGCAGUCGCAACAUUACGGCCGCAACUAUCUUCAGUUUACUGCUCAGAGCCUAGAGCCGCCCCUCCCUUCUCUGGCACGUUCCUUCUCCCCUUCAUUAUCACCUGACGCCCUGUUCGACCUCCUCAACAGCUUCUUUGAUUCCUUCAACACCUUCCUCCCUAUCCUCCACCGUCCCACCUUCAUGAAGCAAUGGGACCGACAGGCGUGCCAGUUCUGCUCCCCGAACCACCACCAGCACCUCAACAAGAAACACACCCAACCACAACCACAGCCACAGGAAGCAGAAGCCCACAAGGCACAUCUGCAGGAUCCUGUCGCCCCCCUUUCCCCUCUGCUCCUCAAUGCCCUCCUUGCAAUCGCAUCCAAGGUCCCUUCCUCCUCCUCCAAGACUGCCUCCCAGGGCCUUGAGACCAGCCAAGGAUACUUUGAUGCCGCGAGGUUACUGCUCGACGACUUUUUGGAUGUCCCCCGCGUGAGCACAGUGCAGGCGCUGUGCUUAAUGUCCCAGUUUCACCACCAGGGUCAGUGGAAGGCCACCCGGAGCAGCAGCUAUCUUUCCCUGGCUAUCCGUAUGGCCCACGAGUUGGGUCUCAACCGUGACCCAGAGGCGACAAGGGGACCCGAAGCCGAUGCCCUCCGCUACCUCUGGUGGUCCAUGUUCAUCCUUGAUCAUCAAUUCUCUGCAUGGCUUGGUCUUGGACUCUUGAUGCACGGCAAGGAGAGCAACGUGGAGCUGCCUAUGGACGUUCAGCAAGACAUGCGCGGUUUUAUCUGCUUGGCUCGACUUGUCAAGAUCUUGGGCAGUGUUCUCCAGCACUCGUACUCAACACAGUCUUUGCCACCUCAAUUUGGCGGCCACGACUCGAUGGUCUCUUAUAUUGAGGGCUCGCUCACUUCAUGGCUUAGCAACCUGUCGCCAGAGAUGCGCUGGCUUCACCCGAACAACACUGGCGGCAGAAGAGGAUCCCCUGCUUCGCCCAUGCGAUCCCCUAAUGCUGCAGGCUUGGACAGAGCCAACGGUGACAUUUACCCAGCCUACCUCUACAUUGUCUACAACACUACCUUGAUUCUCUUGCAUCGUCCCUACAUUGUCGGGGCAGCUGGGUCGCCAACAGCUGCGCAGUCCAACACUAUCUGCACAGGAUCUGGCCGUGCCAUCACGGAUAUCGCCCAGGGUCUGGAAAUGGCGCGUUGCUCUUAUGUGGUCAACCGCUUUGCGCUCUAUGCGCUCUUGCAGGCUGGUGUCAUCCACGCCAUGAACGUUGUCUAUGACAAGCGCGGCACUGAGGUCGCGAUGGAGUACUACACGCGCACAAUCAAUAUUCUGGAAGGCUUCUUGUCCUGCGCGGCCCAUUCUGGUGGUGUUGCCGAGGGUAUCAAGAUCCUGGAACAAUUCUUGGCGACGACAUCGAAGGCGGCAGCAGAGGAAGAGGGCGCCAACGGAGGGAUGGACCACGGUUCGACCCUCCAGAUCGACCACGCCCCAACACAGCCAUCUCGCAAGAAGCGCCAACUUGACACUGUCUCUUCUCACUCCGGAUCCAUGUCAACGCAGUCGACUGUUCAGUACCAGCCUUCGAUGUAUGCUGCUCCCAUGCAGACAACGACUUACGCUCAGCAGCCCAUCCUGACGCCCACUCUGUCGAUGAUGACCUCCCCGGAACUCAUGAACGGCUCUGGAUUCGCAUUCGAUUACAACAACAACCAACAGCAAUCUUCGGUAGCGGCCUCGGAUAUCAAGGAACAGCAAAAGCAGCAGCAACUCAAAAUCCAACAACAGCAUCGUUUGUACCAGAUGCAAACCUUUGGUAGCGGCGCGGGCGCCGUCAAAGUCGAGCCUACCACGGACUCGUUGGAUCUCCACAAGGUCGAGCAGCAGCAGCAGUUACAGCAGCAGUUGCUGAGACAACAACUUCAGCGACAGCAGCAACAACAUCAGAUGGAGAUGAGCAUGAAGGAUCAGGUUGGUAUGUCCUCUGGUGGAGGUCCUCACCCCUCGGCGCUAUCGACCCAGUCGCCCAACUUGGCGGCCCCUGUUAUUCCUAGUCAUCGCCAUGCCCUUCAGAUGCUUCAACAGCAACAGCAGCAACAACACUCAUUCCAGCACAACCAGCAGCAUCUUCGUCAACAGCAGCAACAACAGCCGGUCACCAUGCCAUUGACCAUGACCAUGACGUCCUUGUCAAUGGAGGCACAGCAGAAGAUGAGCCAGGACUUUCAGCUCAGCAACAUGAUCGCCACCUCGACCGGGUAUGACCCUUCGCAGUUCUGGAUGGACUUUUCUGGAGGCGCUGGUGACCGGUCGAACUCUGCUGCAGGAGGAAAUGGAUUGACGUCGGUUGGGUUGGAGCAGGAGGGACUUCGGAUAGCUACGACGGUGGCGGGCGAGGGACAGUUUGGUGGUAACUCGCCGCUUUGGAUUUAG